AUGCAGUUAGACCCUUCUUCCAUAUAUUCUUCAGAUGAACCAAUGGAGUAUUAUGAAGAAUCUAACGAACAUUCUUUUGAAGAAGACAAUAUUAGUUACCAUAAUGAGCCUGCUAUAUAUUCUUCGGAAGAAUUAGAUAAAGAUAUAAAUUCUUGUAAAGAAUUUACUUCUGAAACUUCUAGCAAUAGUAUUAAUUCUUGCGAUGAAUUAAGCGAUGAAUUAAGUGAUGAAUUAAGCAGUAAUAGUUUAUCGGCAUCUGUUGAAGACGAAUUUUUUGAAGAUAUUGCUGACAAAGCUUUAGAUUUGAAUAAAUUGUCACAAAAUAUUGGUGAGUUUUCACCAUAUUUUGAAAAUACAACUACUGCAUUAAU